UCCGCGUCCCCGCGGAGCUGGUGCCCGGCGGCGGCAGCAGGGUCCCCAGCCUGGCUCUGCCCUCCGGCUGUGGGGUGGGGGUGGACGGGCUGCGGGCGCCCCCGGCGUCCCUGGUUCCUGCCCGGGAACUCGAGCUCCCGGCAGCUGCGGGCCGGCUGGGGCCAUGGGGCCACUGGAAGUCAACCGGCAGGAACUGCUUUGCAGUCGCGUCGCUUUAGCACAACACACAGCAGCCCUCCUCUCCGGGCUUCAGAUACUGGGAGGGGUGAGCUGCAGAACGGGAUUGGUGUCAUUUGAGGACAUAGCCGUGGACUUCACCUGGGAGGAGUGGCAGGACCUGGACGCUGCCCAGAGAGCCCUCUACAGGGACGUGAUGCUGGAGACCUACAGCAGCCUGGUGUUCCUGAAGCUCUGCACAGCCAAACCUAAGUUGAUCUUCAAUUUGGAACGUGGAUAUGGGCCAUGGAGCCCAGCAGAAGCCUCAGUGUGGAGUCUCCCAAAUGUUCAUAAAGUAAGUGCCCUGAUUGACACCAGCAAGGAAAAUCCUGAGAUACAUUUGGGGCAACUUGAAAUAACUAACCAAAAGAUACCAGAUGAAGUCAUGAUUGAAGCAAAACUAAAGACUCAACAGGAAGUCUACAAAGGGACAAAAUCCCGUCAUCGAGCACGUGCGAAAACAUGUCGUCAAAAGUUGCACAGAGGUGGGAAACUCUAUGAAUGUGAAGACUGUGAGAAAACUUUCUGUACCAACUCAACCCUCAUUAAGCAUCGAAGACGGACUCAUAAUGUAGAGAAGCGCUUUGAAUGUACUGAAUGUGGUAAAUCGUAUCAUUGGCAGUCAGACCUCACUGCACACGAGAAAACUCACUGGCAAGAGAGAACCUACAUAUGUAAAGGAUGUGGGAAAGCCUUCUUCCGUAAGUCUCAUCUCAAUGCACAUGAAAGAACCCAUACGGACGAGAAGCCUCAUAAGUGUACUGAAUGCAAUAAAGCUUUCCAUUACAAGUCAGACCUUACUCGGCAUAAAAAAAUUCAUUUGGGUGGAAAGCCUUAUAAAUGUGAAGAAUGUAACAAAGGGUUUUCCCGCAAGUCAAAGCUCAAUAUACAUCAGAAAACUCAUACUGGUGAGAAGCCUUAUGAAUGUACAGACUGCAGGAAAACCUUUUUCCAUAAGUCACAACUCACUGCACAUAGGAUAGUUCAUUCAUCUGAGAAUUUUUAUGAAUGUAAAGAAUGCAAUAAAUCUUUCCACUGGAAGUGUCAACUCACAGCACAUCAGAAAAGACAUGCAGGAAGAAACUUCAUGAAUGAAGAACACAGGAAAAUCCUCCACGAGUCAGAAGUCACUGAACAUUGGAGAAGUCAGACGGCUGAGGAACCCUACGAAUAUGAGGGAUUCAAGGAAGAGUUCUACAUAGAACCAGACCUUAAUGUAUUACGCCAGGGAAAUUAAUAAUUGAGAAGCUUACAGAAUGUAAAGAAUACAGGAAAGUUUUCCAGUGCAAAUCUGACCUCAUUCCACACCAAAGACCCACACAAAUAAGAAGCCUUAGCAACAGAGAACACCGUAUGAAGAAAAGCAGGAACACUAUUGACAGAACUUGUGUGACUUCACCACCACCAGAGGCUCCACAAGAUGGUGUUAGAGAGCUCGGUGGUUAGUUCUUGCUUUAUUUUGUUCUUUGGUUUCAUAAGACAGGAUUUCUCUUUGUCACCCUGGCUGUCCUUGAACUCACUCUAGACCAGGCUGGCCUUGAACUCAGAUCCAAUUGCCUCUGCUGGGACUCAAGGUGUGCACCACCACCACCUGAAUAGAGCUCUUGCUUUAUAAAUGGUGAUCCUAGCACCUAUUUGACAAGUCAGCAUUUCUGCAAAUACCUGUCACCCCAGUUCUAAUAAUGGUGGAGACAGGGGAUCACUUGAACUAGCUGAUUUCUAGCCUUGCUGAGACAUGAUCCCCAGGUUCCUUUAUGGGAGGGAUAGAUGGUGAGUGAUGGAAGUGGACACUCAAUACCCACUUCUGGUUUCUGUGAGUUUAGGUGCACAUCUAAAUACAUCUGUAAAUAAAAAUAAACGUUGAAAGAACAGGAGGAUGGUGAAUGGCUCAUUCUAUAAAGGUCCAAUGACCUAAGUUUGAUCCCUAGAGCCUAUACAGUAGGACAGAACCAGCCACAAGGUGUCCCACAGAAUACACAAAUGAAUUAAACAAAAGCUACACAGGUGCUAAAACCAAAGUACAGGUAGAGAAGUAACCUGCUCAUCAGAUCCAUGCUAACACAAAACACUAAAUCAUUAGCAUUUCAAACAAUCCAGCUGGAAAUGGCUCAAUGGUGGUGUGUUACCAAGCAUUGUAUCACCUGCUCUUUUAUUAAAAACUUUUUCCAGGUUAUUUGGAAUAAAUAUCAUUAACCAUGUGAAAAACUGCAAUAAAUUGACGUUUUAUUGCACUCUUA